UGUCUCUGUGCGCGGCUGGGCUAGCCCAUUGUAUUGUUGGCUGCUAUAGCUGAGCCGUUCUUUCUUCCAGCAUUGCGAAUCGAUUUUACAUUUGAUCAUGGCUACUCUGAUAGAGGCUCGAGAGAUCCCUGUUCUCGAGACAGUGGAGGAUAUUCAGAAUCGCAGAGAACAGGUUUUGCGCCACUAUGCUGACUUCAAAGAGUCGACGAAGUUGAGGAGAAGACGUUUGGAGGAUGCGAAGCGGUAUUUCCAAUUCAAGCGAGAUGCGGACGAAGUUGAAGACUGGAUCAAUGAGAAGCUACAGAUCGCUUCGGAUGAGUCAUACAGAGAUCCUAUGAACCUUCAGGACAAGCUCCAGAAACAUCAGGCUUUUGAGGCAGAGAUCUCCGCUCACAGCUAUGCCAUCACUGAGCUGACAGAUACAGGAGAAGAGAUGAUCAAUGAGUCCCACUAUGCUUCAGAGGACAUUCGGGAGCGCCUUGAUGAAUUGAUCCGUCUCUGGGAGCUGCUUCUCUCCAAGUCUGCUGAGAAGGGACGCAUGCUGCUCUUUGCCCAGAAGAGAGUGCACUACCUGCGGGAGGUUGAUGAAGUCAUGUCAUGGAUCUCAGAGAAGGAGGCCAUUGCAACGUCAGAGGAGAUCGGAAGGGACUUGGAGCAUGUUGUUGUCCUUCAGAAGAAGUUUGACGACUUUCUUAAGGACCUCCAGGCUAACGAGUCGCGUGUCACCUACAUUAACGACUUGGCUGAUCAACUAGCAGAGGAGGGACAUCCGGACAUGGAACUUAUUUCCAUGAAACAGCAGGAGGUGAAUGAGGCAUGGGAAAGGCUGAAGCGGCUUGCAGUGAUGAGGAAGGAGCGACUUGAAAGUGCUCAUGAGAUUCACAGCUUCUAUCGUGAUGCUGAUGAAACCAAGAACUGGAUCAACGAGAAAGACAAGGUUUUGUCAUCAGAUGACUACGGUAAGGAUUUGGCCAGCGUGAAUGCCCUGUCCCGCAAACACGAGGCCCUGGAGCGUGACUUGGCGGCACUAGAGGACAAGGUGACAGCACUUGGUCAGGAGUCAGGCCGCCUUCAAGAGGUCCAUCCGGGUAAUGCAGAGGAGAUUUCUGCUAAGCAAGAUGAGAUUGUUGCAGCAUGGGGCAACCUCAAAGACAAGUCUGAUGUGCGCAAGGCAAGACUGGAAGACUCCUAUCGUCUGCAGCGGUUCAUUGGUGAUUUCAGGGAUCACAUGUCCUUCAUUAACGAGAUGAAGGUGCUUAUCAUGGCUGAUGAGCUGGCAAAAGAUGUUGCAGGCGGGGAGGCUCUUCUGGAGCGACACCAGGAACACAAGGGCUAUAUUGAUGCAUCUGAAGAUGGCUUCAAGAAGUUCUCAGAUGAUGGACAGGGGCUGAUAGCUGCUGACCACUAUGCCAAGGACGAGAUCUCUGAGAAGCUGACGACUUUGGAGGAAGAGAAGAAGGGCCUGCUGGAGCUGUGGGAGAAGCGUAAAAACCAGUUUGAGCAGUGCAUGGAAUUGCAGAUCUUCAUCCGCGAUUGUGAGCACACCUCUAUCAUGAUGACAAAGCAGGAGGCAUUCCUUGCUGAUGAAACACUUGGAGACUCCCUGGAUGAAGUGGAAGCCAUGAUCAAGAAACAUGAAGACUUUGAAAACUCAUUUGCAGCCCAGGAAGAAAAGUUCAAGAACAUUGAUGACUUUGCCAACAGGCUUAUUGAUGGCGAUCACUAUGCCAAAGAUGAGGUGACAGAGAGGCGUGAUGCUGUGCUUAACAGGCGGGGCAAGAUCCACGAGGCUUCCGAGGCCCGCAGGUUGAAGCUUGAAGAGUCCAGAAAACUGCAGCAGUUUGAGAGAGAUGCUGAUGAGGUCAAAGUUUGGAUCAAUGAAAAAUUGAAGACAGCAAAGGAUGAAUCUUACAAGGAUUUGACCAACCUGCAAGGCAAGAUCCAGAAACACCAGGCUUUUGAAGCUGAGCUCAAUGCCAACCAGAGCAGAUUGGAUGCUGUUGAUAACAGCGGCCAUCAGCUGAUAUCUGCCGAUCACUACGCCUCACAGCAAAUCCAAGAGAGGCUGGAUGAGCUCCAUGAGAUGUGGAGAAACCUGUUUAAGCACUCAAACAACAAGGGGCAAAAGAUCAAAGAAGCCAUCCAGCAACAGCAAUUCAACAGGUGUGCUGAAGAUGCAGAGUUGUGGAUAUCAGAAAUUGAGAACCUACUGGCCACAGAGGAGACAGGCAAGGAUUUGCCAUCAGUGCAGAACCUACAGAAGAAACAUGGUCUGAUUGAAGCUGAUGUUAUCACUCAUAUUGAAAAGAUUGAGGCUGUCAAUGCACAGGCAGCAGUCUUUGCUGAAGCAGACCACUUUGAUGCACCUACCAUUGAGGCUAAGAAAGAGGCGGUGGCUGCCAGAUAUCAGGCUUUGCAGGGUCCCAUGCAAGCACGCAAAGCUCGUCUUGCGGAUGCAGCUCGCCUCAGACAGUUCCUGCACGAUGUUGAGGAUGAAGAAGUUUGGAUACGAGAGAAGGAGCCAAUUGCAUCAUCAACCAACACUGGUCGUGAUCUGACUGGAGCCCAGAAUCUUUCAAAGAAACAUCAGGCUCUGAUGACUGAGAUAGCAGGCCAUGAGCCACGUAUAAGGGCUGUACAGGACAAUGGUGUGCAGAUGGUUGAUGAAGGGCAUUUUGCUGCCGACGAGAUCAAGGAGAAGAUGGAUGACCUGGAUCAAAAGUGGAAUGACUUAAAGGAUAAGGCCAACAUACGCAAAGGCCACCUGGAUGACUCCCUGCAGUCCCACCAGUACCUUGUUGAUGUGAGUGAAGCCGAUGCCUGGCUGAUGGAGAAAGAGCCUGUGGUCACAUCAUCAGACUAUGGCAAGGAUGAAGACAGUGCACAGGCAAUGCUGAAAAAGCAUGAGGCAAUCAUGUCUGACCUGGAGGCUUACAGCACAGUUAUUGAUGGCCUGAGAGAACAGAGCAAAGAGUGCAAGACAGUCUCUCAGGAUACAGACAUCUCUGACAAAGAGUGUGUCGUGGCACUCUAUGAUUACCAAGAGAAGACAGCCAGAGAGGUAUCCAUGAAGAAGGGAGACAUCCUGACUCUGCUCAACUCAACCAACAAGGACUGGUGGAAGGUGGAGACCAAUGAUCGCCAAGGUUUUGUCCCUGCGGCAUACGUCAAGAGAAUCGAUUCCCACAAGGCUUCUCAGGAACUCCUGGCACAAGCACCAGAAGUGGACUCUGUUGCUCAGAAACAACAAGCUCUUGAUGACAAGUAUAAUGACCUGAUGGAUAAGGGAGAGGAGAGACGCAAGAAACUUGAAGACUCCAUCCACAGAUACACUCUACUGAGGGAAGCCCAUGAGCUGGAGUCAUGGAUCAAUGACAAGGAAGCCAUUGUUACAUCCGAAGAAGUUGGGAAAGACUUCGAGCAUGUUGAGGCUAUGCAGAAGAAGUUUGAUGACUUCCAAAAGGAUAUGUCUGCCAAUGAAGUACGAAUCAAGGAGUUGACAAUCCUAGCUGAGCGACUGAAGGAAGAGCAUUACACAGAAUACGAGAUGAUCCAAGAGAUGAUUGAGAAAUUGACCCAAAAGUGGACCGACCUGAACCAGAUGGCUGAGCAGCGCAAAGACAAUCUCGACAGCGCCCAAGAGAUACAGAAGUUCCACAGGGAUGCUGAUGACACCAAGGCUUGGAUAUCUGAGAAGGACACAGCUCUCUCAUCAUCUGACUAUGGCCGUGACUUGGCCAGUGUUCAGGCCUUGCAGCGCAAACAUGACGUGCUAGAGAGGGACUUGGCUGCUCUUGAGGAGAAGGUUCGUCAGCUGAACAUCGAAGCCGCCCGCCUGACCUCUACUCACCCGAACUCAUCUCAGGACAUCGAGUCCAAGCGCUUUGAGCUGGAAGAAGCCUGGGCCAACCUCAAGGACCAGGCCGCUGCAAGAAAAGGAAAGCUGUUGGACUCGUAUGACUACCAGCGUUUCCUGAACGAGUUCAGGGACCUGAUCUCGUGGAUUCAUGGUAUCAAGGCUCUUGUGUCUUCUGACGAGCUGGCCAAGGACGUUGCAAGCGCUGAGGCUUUGAUUGACAGGCACCAGGAAUACCGUGCGGAGAUAGAUGCUCGUGACAGCACCUUCCAGGCCUUUGACGACUUUGGCCGUGAGCUGCUCGAGAAGGAGCACUAUGCUAGUUCUGACAUCCAGGAGAAACUGGAAAACCUGGCUGAGGAGAGAGAGGACCUGGAAAGGGCAUUUGCCUCCCGCAAACAGCGACUUGACGAAUGCCUUGAGCUUCAGCUCUUCAAUCGCUCUGCAGAGCAGCUUGAAGCAUGGAUGGCGACUCGUGAGGCUAUUAUUGAAAAGGAGGAUGAAGAUGCUGGUGAGGGAGCUGAUGCCCUUAUUAAGAAACACGAGGACUUCACACGUGCACUUACAGUGCAGGAGGAGAAGAUCGGGAAGCUGAAGGAAAAUGCCGAUACUCUGAUUGCAGCUGAUCAUUAUGACUCGCCUGUCAUUGCUGAGAGAAUCGCUGCAGUGUUAGCCAGAUGGGCCACACUGAAGCAAGCUCUAGUCGAACGCCGCUCUAAGCUGGGCGAGUCCAAGACUAUCCAGCAGUUUAGUCGCGAUGCUGAAGACAUCGAGGUUUGGAUCAGUGAGAAGAUGCAGACUGUCCUCGACGAGUCAUACAAGGACCCCACCAACCUGCAGUCUAAGUUCCAGAAACAUCAGGCGUUUGAGGCGGAGGUGGAGGCCAACAAGGAACGAGUCCUGGAAACGGUCAACCUUGGUGAAGGACUAAUCGAGCAGAACAAGUGCGCAGGAAGCGAGCCGGUUGUCCGAGAGCGCAUCACCCGUAUCACGACGCAAUGGGAACUACUGGUGACCAAGUCCAGCCAGAAGACGCAACACCUGAAGGAAUCCAACCAGCAACAGCAGUUCAACACCAACAUCAAAGACCUGGACUUCUGGCUAGGCGAGGUGGAGGCCUCACUGUCCUCAGAUGACUUUGGCCGUGAUCUCGCGAGCGUUCAGAACCUGAUAAAGAAGCACCAACUAGUGGAGGCCGACAUCGCCGCGCAUGAGGAUCGCAUCACCGUUCUAGAAACACAGACGCAGCAUUUCGCGGAAGUGGGUCACUUUGAUGCUGACGCCCUUCAGGAGAAGUCCAAGGGAAUCAAGGAUCGCUAUGACAAGGUGAAGGACAUGGCUGCGAACAGGAGUGACAAGCUGGCCGAGUCUAACGCCCUGCACACGUUCUACCGUGACGUGGAUGACGAGGAGUCCUGGAUCAAGGAGAAGAAGCUGCUGACGAGCUCAGAGGAUUAUGGGAAGGAUCUGAGUGGUGUGGAAAACCUGAGGAAGAAGCACCAGCGGCUUGAGGCGGAGAUCAACAACCACGAACCACGGAUUGCGGCUGUGACAGAGUGCGGCAAUAAGUUCGUAGAGGAAGGUCAUGGCAACGCGGACGAGAUUAAAGCCCGUGUUGAUGGGCUGCAGGAGAAAUGGGACGAGCUCAAAUCCCUCGCCGACGCAAGGCAACACAAACUGGACGAUUCCCUGGCAUACCAGCAGUUUGGUGCCAAUGUGGACGAGGAAAUUUCGUGGAUCAACGAGAAGAAUACACUUGUUGGCAGUGACGACUAUGGGGACACCCUUGCUGCCGUCCAGGGUCUACUGAAGAAGCAUGAAGCCUUCGAGACUGACCUGGAGGUACACCGUGAACGCGUCAACGACAUCGAGAACGCGGGCAACCAGCUCAUCAACGAUGGUAACCACCAGGGAGAACUGAUCGAGCACCGCAUCUCGUCCAUUAAAACGAAGCUAGUUGAGCUUGACCGCAUGGCGUCCUACCGCAAGACCAAGCUGAAUGAUAACUCGGCCUUCCUUCAGUUCAACUGGAAGGCAGAUGUGGUUGAGUCAUGGAUUGGGGACAAGGAGGGUAUCGCACGGUCAGAGGAGCUGGGGCGGGACUUAUCAUCUGUCCAAACCCUCAUGACAAAACAGGAGACGUUUGAUGCAGGUCUGCAGGCGUUUGAGAACGAAGGAAUCGCGCGCGUGACGGCGCUGAAGGACGAGCUCGUCCAAUCCCAGCACGAGCAGUCACCUGCGAUCAUAAAACGGCAUGAUGACCUCAUUAAGCGAUGGCACGCCUUGCUGGCAGACUCUAACACCCGCAAACAACGCCUGCUAGAGUCACAAGAGCAGUAUAAGAAAGUGGAAGAUCUAUUCCUGCUUUUUGCCAAGAAGGCAUCUGCCUUCAACAGCUGGUUUGAGAACGCGGAGGAAGACUUGACCGAUCCAGUGAGAUGUAACUCCGUCGAGGAGAUCAGAGCCCUGCAAGAAGCGCAUGCCCAGUUCCGACUGUCCCUGGACCAGGCAGAAGAGGACAUGUACUCACUGAGGAAGCUUGACCGACAGAUCAAGAGCUACAAAGUCUCCAUCAACCCGUACACUUGGUUCACCAUGGAAGCACUGGAGGACACAUGGGAGAACCUGCAGAAGAUCAUUGAGGAGCGCGAAGAAGACCUCGCCAAGGAAGCGCAGCGACAGGAGUAUAACGACCGCUUGCGCCAGGAGUUCGCGCAGCACGCCAACGCAUUCCACAGCUGGCUCACAGAGACCAGGGCCAUCAUGGUUGAAGGCCAAGGCGACUUGGAGGAUCAGCUAGCCGAGAUCAAGAGGAAGGAUACGGAGAUUGCGGACUGCAAAGCGGACCUGGAAGUCAUCGAGGGACUAGGCGCACAGAUGGAAGAAGCCCUUAUACUGGACAACAGGUACACGGAGCAUAGUACUGUGGACCUCGCGCAACAGUGGGACCAGCUGGACCAGCUUGCCAUGCGCAUGAAACACAACCUGGAGCAGCAAAUUCAGGCGCGAAAGACAACGGGCGUGUCGGAGGAGACACUCAAGGAGUUUACCAUCAUGUUCAAGCAUUUCGACAAGGACAAGACGGGCUAUCUAGAUCACCAGGAGUUCAAGUCCUGCUUGCGAUCCCUCGGCUACGACUUGCCGGUGGUGGAGGAGGGUGAGACCGAUCCAGAAUUUGAGACCAUUCUCAGCCGCGUCGACCCUAACGGUGACGGCGUCGUGUCUAUGGGCGAGUACAUGGCGUUCAUGAUCAGCCGUGAGACAGAGAAUGUGGGAUCCAGCCAGGAGGUUGAGAACGCCUUCAAGGCGCUCACCGAGGGAGGCAAGCGCAAGUUCGUCACCGAGUCCGACCUUUAUCAGUCGUUGACCAAGGAGCAAGCCGAGUACUGCAUUGACCGCAUGCAGCCUUACGUUGAUGACAAGGGCCGCGAGAUCCCAGGGGCGUAUGACUACAAGUCAUUCUGCAAGGCCCUCUUUGCCUCCAACUAGAUGCCUAUGACACCUUGGACCGCCAAAGUAGUGCACAGCCGUAGUGUUCAAUGUGAAAACUGCAGAUCUUUAAUUGUUAAGAUUAAGCUGUGGAAACUGCAAAUAGUACUAAUAACUAUUAAUAGGGGUAGACCUGUUGAACAUCAAACUGGCCUUACAAAAGCCAGUGUUUUGUUGGUGCGUUGGAUAACCGGUUUUCAAUUGGCUCAGUAGUGGGUGUUUGUUUGGUUUAGUUCUUCUGGUAAACUAUUCUACCGCAUUUCCAUUUUAAAGGUUUGUUAUAUGUGUAAUUGUGUAGUAAUCACUUAAAAUGGUGGACAUAUUAGAUAGGUGGUCCUGUCAGUUAAGAUAAAUGUGACUUAUCACUAAAUAAAGCGCCUAUUAUAUUAA